AUGUCUCCUGCAGGGGGCAGCCCUGAGCUCUUUCUGCUGGAGCGGAGCGCCGGCGGCAGAGGGCGACGCGCAGGGAAGAUGGCAGCCGCCGCUGUGGCAGAGUUUCAGAGAGCGCAGUCUCUUAUUGGAACUGACCGGAAUGCUUCUAUCGAUAUCCUCCACUCCAUAGUGAAGCGGGACAUCCAGGACUGUGAUGAGGACGCAGUGCGGGUUAAAGAGCAGAGCAUCCUGGAGCUGGGAGGACUGUUGGCCAACACGGGGCAGGCUGCAGAACUUGGUGGUCUGCUCAAAUAUGUGCGGCCAUUUCUUACCUCCAUCUCAAAGGCCAAGGCGGCGCGGCUGGUGCGCUCCCUUCUUGACCUGUUCCUGGACAUGGAGGCUGCCACGGGACAGGAGGUGGACCUGUGCCUGGAGUGCAUAGAGUGGGCCAAGGCUGAAAAGAGAACUUUCCUCCGACAAUCUCUGGAGGCGCGUCUCAUCUCUCUAUAUUAUGACACAAAGUGCUACCAGGAAGCGUUACUAUUGGGCACCCAGCUGCUGCAGGAGCUGAAGAAGAUGGAUGACAAGGCUCUGCUGGUGGAGGUGCAGCUUCUGGAGAGUAAGACUUACCACGCGCUGAGUAACCUGCCCAAAGCCCGCGCUGCCCUCACCUCGGCCCGGACCACCGCCAACGCCAUCUACUGCGCCCCCAAACUCCAAGCAGCUCUGGACAUGCAGUCAGGUGUGAUUCACGCGGCUGAAGAGAAGGACUGGAAAACUGCAUACUCUUAUUUCUAUGAAGCCUUCGAGGGCUACGACUCCAUCGACCACCCUCGCGCCGUCACCGCCCUCAAGUACAUGCUGCUCUGCAAAAUCGUACUCAAUGCACCUGAGGAGGUACAGACUCUCAUCGGGGGAAAGCUGGCUCUGCGCUACAGUGGUAGACAGACAGACUCUCUGAAAUAUGUAGCACUGGCCAGCAAAAACCGCUCCUUGGCAGACUUCGAAAAGACAUUAACAGGGUACAAAGCCGAGCUGAGAGACGACCCCAUCAUCAGCACACACCUGACCAAACUCUACGAUAACUUACUGGAGCAAAACCUGAUCCGGGUCAUCGAGCCUUUCUCCAGAGUCCAGAUAUCGCACGUUUCUGACAUCAUCAAGCUUUCUGAGGGUGAAGUGGAAAAAAAAUUAUCACAAAUGAUUUUAGACCAAAAAUUCCACGGGAUUCUGGACCAGGGCGAAGGCGUGCUGAUCGUAUUUGAAGAACCAGUGGUGGACCGGACCCAAGAAGCUCUCAUAAAAGAUCGUGAAUAA